GCUCAACGCUUUUAUACAGAGAGGUUAAUCAUUUGAGCUCUGUACCAUUAUAACUUUUAGAGUCCUUCCAUCAAUAAAUUAAACAGGGAAAAGAUUUUUCUCUUUUGCUGUUGGGAACUGAGUUACAUCAAGAUCUUUGGCACAUAUAUGUUAAUGGCUGUGGAAGUGCUUGCUCUCUCCUAAGCCACCAAUAUUCCUCUGGGGGCUCUUCUGAAGGCUGGAGUUUUCUUUACUGCUGCUGCAAUGGUGGUAGUUCCUUCCUGCCAGGCUGGGCUCCUAACAUGGAUGUUGCUGCUGCUGCUGCUGCUGCCGCUGCCAUCAUCUGAAGUUCAAGGUGAGUGCCCAACUCCAGAUCUACCCCCCCAUUCUUCACUAAAAGGAGGAGAAGACUUAGCAGAUACCUAUCCUGCUGAAACUCUUCUGCGGUUAGUGUGCAACACAGGUUAUGAAUAUAUACCUGAAAGAACUUCUGUUAUUAAAUGUCUUCUCUCUGGUCACUGGUUAAUGACUCCUGAACUUUGUCAAGGAAGGCGAUGUCCAACUCCACAUAUAGAAAAUGGCAGAAUAAUGUCCUCGAAUGACCUCCGGUUUGGUGAUCAAGUAACCUUUGCUUGUGAUUAUGGGUUCAGAAUAAUAGGUGAAUCCUCCCUUCAGUGUGUUUUGAAAUCUGGCAGAGUUGACUGGAAUAGAGAACUUCCACAAUGCCAGCGUAUUCCUUGUGGUCGCCCUUCUUUAAUUUCCAAUGGAAAAUAUGAUCUGAAUCCUUCAGAUGAAUAUGAUGUUGGCACAGCAGUAAUAUAUCAUUGUGAUGCUGAUUACUCCCUUAUUGGAAAUUCAACUAUUUCAUGUACAGUUGCAGCAAAUGGUGUAGAUGGAAUGUGGGAUUCACCUCCACCUGAAUGUAAAAAGGUCAAGUGUCAUAGACCAAACAUUCAAAAUGGAAGAGUGACAAAUGUGUUUCAAGCUAUGUAUACAUAUGACAGUGGCAUAUCGUUUCGAUGCAAUUCUGGCUACACUUUGGUAGGGGCUGCUUUUGUUAAAUGUGAUGCUAAUAGUAAAUGGAAUCCUCCUGUUCCCAGCUGUGUUGAGAGUGUAGUCCCCACCCCUACCAAACCAACCAGAUCCCCCACACCUGCUGUUCCUCCUACCCCCCCAAUUCCCCCUAUGCCUGGCACUGUUCCUCCAGAAGAUGAAACUGAAGGAUUGAUGGAUAAAGAGUUAGAAAACAGCCUUGGAAGAUUACUUCAAUUUAUGACUACAGUGAAGAGAUUACUAGAUGAACAAAGAUGGAAAAAUUUGGCAUUACCCACCAUCGAGGAAUGGUUGGUGAAAUUUUUAAAAAAGGAAAGAGAAAAGUCCCUUGAAGAUCGGUUGGAUAAGAUUGAAAAAAAACUGGAUCUAAUCCUGCAUAUGCUCAUACUGCAACUAACCAGAUAGAGAACAACAGUUGACUAAUGAUGGUUGCCACAGAACAUUCUUUCUUUGAUAUUCCAACAAGACUUACGUUUUCAAAAUAUAUGCUUAGAUAUGUAAUCUGGGGGGCGGGGGUGGCAAUGAAGUUGGGGAAAUGAUCAUACUUUUAAAAAUUGCUAUUGCAGAAGAUGAAAUAAACUUACCGCAUAUACCGAAUCACUUAAAGUAAUAUUCAUGCCAGAUUCACAAAUGAACCAUCAUGUUAUCAAUGUAGAGUGUAUUAAAGAAAACUAGUGGUAACCAUCAAACUCCCUUGACCAGGACUUGACUGUAAAUCACAAAUCUUUGUUGCUACUUGACUUAGCUGGCUCCUUGCUUGACUUGGCAGGAGACUCAGAAGCACGGCUCAGGAUCUUUAUGGCAAGGUAGAAGGAAACCAUGCAAAGUAAUGGAUUGCCCGCUCCUGGUGAGAGUCCACAAAUUACCUUUAAUAUCCAGUGUACUUUAAGCUCACUUUUUUUUUUUUUACCUUUUGUCCUUCCCAUGAAUAGAUAGAGCUUUUAUGCAGUGUUUGGCAACUUUGAGACCAACCAGUUACAAAUGCUCGUGCAGUGACUGCAAUUGGUUCCAGCAAAAUGGUUGCUGAGUGAACCAUGUGACUGAGAAAGAGAGAGAGAUGCUGUGAAAAUCGUUGGUUGCUGCCGUCUCAUUUAGAUAAAGUUCUCUUUUACAGUGCCCCAUGCCUGACCCAUUUUCCCUCCUUUUUUUUGCCCUAUUGCAGGGUGAAGAGAUUGCUUAAACAAGCUAUUCUCCACAGCCCAGGGCAUCCCUAAAAAAGUGCUAAUGGCAGGUUAACAAGCUCAGCUCUGUGACCUUAAUUGGUUGGUUAGAAACCUUCUGUUGGCUGGCAGUUCCUUCUUGAAACUGACCAGACCUUAAUCAGUUUGACACCAAAAUCUUUUGUUGUGGUAAAUAAUGCACAUGAGUCAGAAAAUGAAUUUUUUAUUACCAUUGUAUUUGGGAAUGGUCGCUAAACAAAGACUACCUGUAUUACAUCUUUACAUAACUGCCAUCUCUGGGUUAAGAAACAUGUGUUACAUCUGUUCUUGUAAGGGUAUGCAGGAAGGACUUGGGAAGACAGGAGGAAGAGCCGCAAACUAGGCAACAGUCAGAUUAAAGUCAGCUGAACCCGCAGAAGGAAUGGGGGCAU